CACACAGAGUUUAUAAGUUCAAACACAGCGGAUACUUCAUACUCCACACAGUCGGGCAGGCAGCAGUGAGACGGCAGGAUGUGUAUGUUCAGGUGUGUGUGUGUGCUGCUGUGUGUGACUCUGAGUGUGAGUCUGAACCUGCUGGAUGAAGUCAUGUUCAGAGGACCGACAGGAAGUCUGUUUGGAUUCUCCGUUGACUUUCACACCAUCAAUAACAAGUCCUUUGUUGUCAUUGGAGCUCCCAAAGCCAACACCAGCCAAUCAGGAGUGACUGAGGCAGGGGGUGUGUUCCUCUGCCCCUGGUCAUCCAGAGGCGGGGACUGUGACAUAAUUGACUUUGAUCUGACAGGUGAUGAGGUCCACCGCAGUUCAGGUCUGUUGUUUCUCAGCUUAAAGAGCCAGCAGUGGUUCGGCGCAGCGGUGCGAUCGGUCGGCAGCACACAUCUGCUAGCAUGUGCGCCGCUCUUCCACUGGAAUGUUCAGAGGGGAGGGGUGGAGUCAGGGAUAACACCUGUGGGGAACUGCCUCAUAUUGGAACACAAGACAGGAAACUCCACCCCCUUCUCCCCCUGCAGAGGGCUCAUGAUGGAGGAAGACUACAAACGCAUGCACAACAGAAAUGACCAGCGAUAUUGUGAGGUUGGCUUCACCGCUGAUGUCACCAAGGACGGUCGGCUAGUGCUCGGAGCUCCCGGAAGCUUCUUCUUUCAGGGUCAGGUGAUCACUGUUGGUGUUGAUGACAUCAUCAACAGUGGGAAGAGCGAUGAUCCUAUAAAAUAUGUGGCGGGCAUAAGCCAAUCAGAUGAGAGGGGAGGCUAUGAUGUUUACCACGGUUACUCAGUGGCCAGUGGCCUGCUGACUGGAGACUCCACACCAGAUUAUCUGGUCGGUGUUCCAAAUGACAGAAACACAGCAGGAACAGUGAAGAUCUAUGAUGGAAGAAGCACUGGAUCGCUCAGAGUUCACCACACCUUUCUGGGAGCUCAGGUGGCGUCAUAUUUUGGACACAGUGUAGCUGUGGCCGACGUCAACAGUGACGGUCUGGAUGAUGUGCUGAUUGGAGCUCCGCUCUUCAUGGACAGAGUGAAGGAGCAGCUACAGGAGAGAGGACAGGUGGUUUUGUACCUGCAGAAGAAGACUUUUUCCUCUCAGCCAGACCAAUCACUGAUUGGCCUUUCCUUGUACGGGCGUUUUGGCUCUGCCCUCGCUGCACUGGGUGACCUGGAUAUGGAUGGUUAUCAAGAUGUGGCUGUUGGUGCCCCCUGGUCAGGGGAAAGUGGGCAGGGCCAGGUGUUCAUCUACCUGGGAAACAGUAAUGGACUGUCAGGCACACCCUCCCAGGUGAUUAACAGCCCGCUGCCUAGCAGGACAGCGUUUGGCUUUACUCUGAGGUCCGGUGCAGACAUUGAUGGGAAUGGAUACCCGGACCUGCUGGUUGGAGCGUGGGCUGCGGAUCGAGCAUUUGUCUACAGGUCUUGGACAGUGAUCCGGUCCAGAGUCUAUGUGUCUCUGCUGCCAGACUUCCUUAAUCCAGAUGUCAAACUCUGCCAUCGAGAAAAGCAAUCUGUUUCCUGUUUCGUCAUUCAGAUGUGUGUCCACCUAUCAGGUCACAGAAUUCCAGAGGAAACAGCUCUGGAGGUGGAACUAAAGCUGGAUAGGAUGAAGCAACCAAUGGCCCGACGGACCCUGCUGCUCUUGGCCAAUCAGCCACAAGAGACGAUGGAGAUAACAAUUAAAAGGAAAGUGGGUGUGGCCUGUGUGAAUCGCACAGCAUACCUGAGAUCUGAAGAAGAAGUUCGGGAUAAGUUGAGUCCAAUCUUCAUCACUGCUCACAUCAGCCUCCUCAACACCACCCAGCGCGCUCUCUUACAUGGACAGACACACACUGCAACACAGACCAGGAUCAUCCUGGACUGCGGGGCCGAUCACGUCUGUGUUCCUGAGCUGAAGCUGAGCGCUGAACCUGCAUCGGACACUGUGUUUGUUGGUGGCGAUCAGUCAGUGUUGCUGUUGGUGUCGGCCAUGAACAGCGGUGAGGGAGCAUACGAGACCGAGCUCGUGGUCCAAAUCCCUGAACACACACACUUCCAGAGCAGUCAGGGCGUAAAUGGGCUGGUGUGUAUGCAGAGGAAGGAGAACCAGACUGUGGUUGUUACCUGCGACCUCGGGAACCCCAUGAGGCAAGGACACAAGCUGCAGACUGGUCUCCUGUUCAGUGUCGGUUACCUGGAGGAGGUGGAGAGUCACAUCACCUUUAACCUCAGAAUACGCAGUAAGAACUCUGUGAACUCGAGCAGUAACGAGGUGACAGUGGAGGUUCAGGUGGAGGCCGAGGCGACGCUGCAGAUUAGAGGAGGCUCUUCCCCUCAAGACAUUGUCCUGCCCCUCCCUGAUUGGCAGCCUGCAGUGCACCCUGGGAGUUUAGAGGAAGUGGGUCCACUGGUGGAACAUGUCUAUGAGGUGAGGAAUCAGGGCCCAAGUGCGGUCAAUGCUCGGCUGACGGUGGAAUUCCCCUCCACCUGGCGACAUCACUUCCUGCUCUAUAUCUUCUCCAACGCAUCUGAAGAAUCUUUGAGCUGCUGGACCCUGAACACAUCACAAAUUGACCCUUUCAAGCUGGCUGGAAACUCCUCGGGUGUGUCUGCAGUUUCUCCAUCAGUCCAGCAGGAGGAGCCAAACUCACACAGACAGACUGUUCAUGUGAACUGCAGCAGUGGCAAGGCAGGCUGCGUCAGGUUUGUGUGUGAUGUCACAGACUUGGGGCGGGGCUUCAGUGCAGUUAUACGAAUCUCAGCCCGACUGUGGACAAAUACACUUAUAGAGACUCAUCAGAACUAUGAGCUCGUUUCCUUUGCAACUUAUGAUGUCAUCAACACAUCAUCAAAGGUCCAACCGCUACUGCUGGACAGUGGACACACACAGACUCAGCUCAGAGUAUUGUGGCGUCCUGAUGAGAAAACUGUUCCCAUUGGCUACAUCAUUCUGUCAGUCAUCUGUGGGCUCCUCCUCCUCUGCAUUCUCUGUUUCAUCUUCUGGAAGAGCUCUGACCCUUGUAUGGCUUUAAUCUGUGUGCCGGGAGCUUCACGGGCGAGCAGCUCCUGCAGAUGUGAGGUGAAGGUGUCUCAAGUUACACCUGUCCAUACCAUGUACCUGAGCAAGAACAAGUUCUGCAAUAGCGGCUUGUCAGACGUGUCUCCUUAUGGUUCCAUGUGGCCAAAUGGUUAAAGGUGACCCGAACAAGAUCAGCACGUGAAUGUGACCAAAAAUACCUGAGAUGAGGCGCUGUACAGUGAGACAGAGUGUGGUGGUCAGAGCGGACCGGGGACACGGACUGAGGUCUGAGGUCGGCUGGAGAACCCAAACAUCAUGGUAGCACCAUGAGAGGGAGCCCAGGACAGGCUGGAGGCAGAACAUUACAGCCUAACACCCCUCACAUCAAUGUCACCGUUACAUAACACACGUCUCACCAUGAAGAAAGAACGAGAUCACAAUAACAGCUGACGACAAUGAUCAGGAAGUAGAUCAAAUCACCUGCAACGAGCGGCGAGUUUAUUAACACAAAUAAACAAAAGUAGGAAAGUCUGAUAGGCUGGCUGCAGCCAUGUAACACAACCUGAUUACAGACCCACAACAGGUCCUCUGAAGGCCCCCUGCUGAACUCCGACUGAACUGCAGCCAAUCUUUGUAGUGUAGAGUUAACAGGAAGUGGAACAAUUUAGAGCAGUGGUUCUCAAAGUGGGGGGUGCAGGGCCAUUGGAGCGGGGGGGCGCGGUAUGAAUUUUUUUUCAAAAAAAGAAAUUUUGGGCACUGCUAGCUUAGUUUUUGAUGGGGCUCCCACACAAACACAAAGCACAGGAUGAAGCAUCGCCAAAUAUGUUUCCAAACCAACUUCCUUCCAAGCCAAAGACUAGAACAUAUUGAUGAAGCAUAUCAUGCCUUUGGCUUCACCUGCACAAGAUGUGCCAAGGUAGGUCUCCCUGACAGAAUUUGUUUCCCCUGUGUCGGGAGCACGCGCUGGGCUGGCUGUCCAAAUCACGGACAAACAGUAUCCCACACUCUUGAUUUUUAGUUCACAAACACUUCUUAUAACGACUAACUCCUGAAACUUUGGAGGUUUUAGCUUUUUAUACAGUAGUUACAGUUACAAGUUACAGGAGGAUAAAAAUAAUUGUCCUUUGUUAAAAUAAUCCCGUCCGACAUAGCUGGACUGGCCAUCGGGCAUACCGGGCAUUUGCCCGGUAUGCCCGAUGGUGAUUUUUGGUUUUUAUGGGCCGAUGACUUAUUUAUUUAUUUUUAUUUUUUGUAACGGCA